GACUCUUACUAGAUAUCAAAUGUUGUUGAAUUGACCUGGCAAGGAAAAUAUCAUAAACGUUUUAGUGGCUCUUAGAUAGUGAAGUCUGGUAGUCUUUAUGAAGCCAGUUCCGCAAAAAACUUUCCAACAAUCCAUCCUUGAACGUGCCUUUAGAUCUGCAAACUUCAGCUUAGAGCAAAACAAUAAAUAAAAAAUCCACCUUUUCUAUCAACCUCUAGCUAUAUCCAUUUUUAUCCAAAUGACAGAAAAACUUUCCAACAAUCCAUCCUUGAACGUGCCUUUACUAUCCGAGUGGAAUCACCAUGAUGAGGAGAAAGCCAUAGCCUCUCAUCCUUCUACCAAAAAUACUGUGUCCUUCUUUCGCACAUGCCUUAAUGGACUCAAUGCAAUAUCAGGUGUUGGAAUACUGUCAGUUCCAUAUGCUCUUGCAUCUGGAGGGUGGUUAAGCUUGGUUCUUCUAUUUGCUAUUGCCGCUGCAGCAUUUUACACAGGCACGUUGAUUAAAAGAUGUAUGGACAAGAAUUCUAACAUUAAAACCUACCCAGAUAUAGGUGAGCUUGCAUUUGGAAAGAUAGGAAGGCUAAUAAUAUCAGUGUCCAUGUACACGGAGCUCUACUUGGUUUCAAUAGGGUUCUUGAUUCUGGAAGGCGAUAACUUGAAUAACUUGUGCCCCAUUGAAGAGGUUCAGAUAGCUGGCUUCGUAAUUGGUGGGAAGCAACUGUUUGUGAUAUUGGUUGCCCUUAUCAUCUUGCCCACAGUUUGGUUGGACAACUUGAGUAUGCUUUCUUAUGUAUCUGCAAGUGGAGUGUUUGCUUCUGCUGUAAUCAUCCUAUCAAUAUCAUGGACUGGAACAUCUGAUGGAGUUGGUUUUCAUCAAAAGGGAACUCUUGUUAAUUGGCGCGGAAUCCCCACAGCUGUUAGCUUGUAUGCCUUUUGCUAUUGUGCACAUCCCGUCUUCCCCACCUUGUACAAUUCCAUGACUAACAAACAUCAGUUUUCUAAUGUCCUAUUAGUAUGCUUUCUGUUAACCACUGUGGGUUAUGCAUCCAUGGCUAUAAUUGGUUAUCUAAUGUUUGGUGCUGACGUUGAAUCACAAGUAACAUUAAACCUGCCACUGAACAAAGUAAGCUCAAAAUUAGCAAUAUAUACAACCUUGGUCAAUCCCAUAUCCAAGUUCGCUUUGAUGGCAACACCAAUUACCAAUGCUUUGAAAGAUUUACUUCCAAGGGCGUACAAGAAUAGAGCGACCAACAUCUUAGUCAGCACUGUCUUGGUAAUAAGCGCUACCAUUGUUGCCCUCAGUGUUCCUUUCUUUGGGGAUCUCAUGUCUCUGGUUGGAGCGUUUUUAAGUGUCACAGCUUCUAUUCUGCUUCCAUGCUUGUGUUACUUGAAGAUUUCAGGCACUUACAAUGAAUUUGGGUGUGAGACCAUAGCCAUAGUGACAAUAAUAGUAGCAGCUAUAGCAAUGGGAAUAUCUGGAACAUAUACCUCUGUCAUGGAAAUAGUACAUCAUUUGUAAUAGACAAUGCAGUGGUCCAUUCUAUUGACUGUAAAUUUCCUCAAAAAAGGAUUUUUUUUUUCUUUCACUCAUGUGACUGUAUGUCUUACGAGGAAAAGGAGAGGUAAAUACUGAUGAAGAUGUAAGAUAUGGUUGGUGAAAAAGAGGAAAAGGAAAAUAUAUGAUACAGAUCAUAUAUGCUAUCCUAUAUCUAGAGAGAGAAAGAAAAAGAGAGAAAAAUAUAAAUAUUAUAAAAUUUAUGAUGUAAUAAAAAAAUAUU